UUAAUUCUGUAGGAUAUAAUUAUAACAGUAAUGAAAACAUUAAAUAAGCUGAACCUAUAUUAUAUAGGCUAGGCUAUUUUAGAUCAAUUCUGAAUUUGAGUAAAACUUCAGACAUCAAGUAACGCUUUAGGCUUUCUGUAAAGAGGAUAUCUUAAAGAGUAUAAGAGCCCAUUAAAUAAUUUCAAACUAAUGGCUCAUUCGAUGCAAUUUCCGCAGCGAUCCUACAGUCGAGCUCUCCGUUCCUAUCUAGGAUGACUUCAUCUGGAAAUAUGAUACUGGGGAAUUAGCCUAACUUUCUGCAAAAAAACAAAAGGGCACAUACUCAAAUAUCAAGUUCUUCUGCCUUUGGAAGACAGCAACAAUAAUGGUACAAAUAUAAACCCCAAUAAUUACAUGUUAUAAUCAGAUAAAAGGCGCUACAGCAAGGGAAAAUCUGAAUUAACAGUUGUUUCCAAAUAAUUCCGUCACCGCAAUCUUAAACAUACUGUAGUAGACACUGUUCUCUCUCCUGACUGCAAGGACACCGGUAAGCGUGGCUGUCGGGAACAACGUGGCACAAGAAAUUCCUCUUGCCGUCCAGUACCACUUCCCCGACCCUCCGCAACUGGAAGACCUGGGAAGGGGGGCGGGCGCUCCGUGAGAAAGGAACACGUCAUGCCUACGCCAGCCUGUGGACGUUCGAUCCCGAAGUCUGUUCGCGUUCCGAAGUGGCUUGGCUUCCUUCUCGCUCGCCGUAGUUAGCCUCAAGAUGGCGGCGGGAGCCGGUGACGUGCCGGUCCGGGUUUGCAAUCAGGAGAUUGUCAAAUUCGACCUGGAGAUUAAAGCCGCCGUGCAGGAUAUCCGGGAUUGUGCAGGGCCUGUAAGUGCACUUGCAGAAUUGAAUGCCAAAGUAAAAGAAAAAUUCCAGCAUUUACGUCUCAGAUUACAAGAACUUGAACAGAUGGCUAAGGAGCAGGAUAAAGAAUCAGAAAAACAAGCAUUACUCCAAGAAGUAGAGAACCAUAAAAAGCAAAUGCUCAGCAAUCAGACAGCCUGGCGUAAAGCAAACCUAGCUUGCAAAAUUGCAAUUGACAAUUCUGAGAAAGAUGAUUUGCUGCGAGGAGGAGAUCCUUUACGACAAAGAAAGUCUACUAAGGAAAGUCUGGCAGAGGGGGCAAGUAACAUCACAGAGAGCCUGAUGGGAAUUAGCAGAAUGAUGUCUCAGCAGGUUCAGCAAAGUGAGGAAACCAUGCAAUCUCUAGUUAAUUCUUCACGAACUAUCUUGGAUGCCAACGAGGAGUUUAAAUCUAUGUCUGGAACAAUACAGCUGGGGCGAAAGCUUAUCACAAAGUAUAACCGCAGGGAGCUGACUGAUAAAUUGCUCAUCUUUCUUGCCCUUGCCUUGUUUUUGGCCACUGUGCUUUACAUCUUGAAAAAAAGGCUAUUUCCAUUUUUGUGACCUUUUUAGGUGAAAGGAGGAGGAAUGGCUGCAAGAAAAAGGAAAGGAAAUGUAUUGCAAAAAGACUUCCGACAGAAGAGAUUUCCAUUAGGCAGAACUUUACAUUGAACUAGUAACAAAUGAGUGGCAGGUUAGAAGAAGAAAAAGUGUGCUUGUUUGCUCUGAGGCUGUGAGGCUGUAUCACUUGUCGUAUUCUGUGAGGCAUAUUCUAAGAUCCCCCAUCUUUGGCCAUUUCUACCCCUUUUCUCAGUUCAGUACAUAACUGAGAGGGCUAGAAGAAUACUAAUAAAUAAAUAUAUAUAUUGUAUGUAUAUUAUACCUUUGGUAAAGUAGAUGUGAAUGCCAGUACUGUGAAAAUCUUAUAAAUUAAAGGAAGCAAAGUGUAUAAGCCUUAUUACUGGUUCUUUUUGAAUUAUAAAAAAUGACCUUUUCCUCAAAUUGUCUCCAGAAAAAAAAACAAUGAGGCAGAUCCCCAAAUGCCUUUUUAAUUGAUGGGUCCAUAUUAUUCGUUUAUAUGUUUCUCUUUCCAGUGUUAUUUAGAUAGAUCCCUUUGCUUCACCCCAUAUUCUAGUUGUUCCCCAUGUAGGGAAUGACUACAUUGGAUGACUGGGCCAAUUAAUCUCUCCCAAAUCUAGAUUACUCCUGGGUAAUCAAAAAAAAAAAUUCUCUACCAACUGUACUGGACCAGUGUAACUAGAUUACACCCAUGGUCUUCAAGAAGAGGACUUAAUCCUGGAUUGCACUGGAUUGAUUCAGUUUGAUUGUAAUACACUAAAUGUUUGUUACUGUAUUGAAGGAAGUACAAAAAAUGGUAACUAUGUUUUCCUCAUUUCUACGGUCAAUAUGGGUAAAUAGAGGGCAAAUGAUAAAGAUCAUUGUUCACAAUUAUAGACCAAGUAAAAAUUAGUUUAUAACCCACUUUUGAAAUCUUUUAUCUAUAGAAUCGCACUAUGAAUGAGAUGAGUGGUCUCCAAAUUUGAUAAAUAAAUAAAUCUUGCCAAGAAAACUCCAGGGAGUUGUAUAGGCAAUUGCCAUGAGUCAACACUGACUGGAAGUCCUGUAUGGGCACACAUAUGU